AUGAAAAAUUUUAAAUUAACAUUAAUUUUCUUAUUAUUAUUUAAUAUUUGUUCUAUCAAUUCAAUAGAAAAAUCAUUGGAAAAAGAUUGGAUAACAUGUCAAGUUGCAUCUAAAAAAAAGACAUGUAUUGAAGGGUAUCAAAAUGUUACUACAUAUUAUAGAGUUACCUCAAGAUAUAAAUUAAAUUUUUGUACAGUUCAAAAAAAUUUAUCAACUGUUUUGAAGGCAAUUUCAUGUUACUUAGAACAUCCAAAAUUACAAAAAGAAAAACAUCAAUUGAUAUCAAAUUAUUGGAUUAAAGAUGUUUGUAAAAAUCAUAAUAAAUAUAAUUCACUUAAAAAAGAAGCUAAAAAAUUUAGUGAUGAUAAUAUUAAAAAUUUUUUAAGUGAAUAUAAAAGUAUUGUUAUUGUAAGAAAUCCCAUACAAAGGUUUAUUUCAGCAUUUACAGAUAAAUGUGUUAUAAGAUAUACUGAAAGUGGAGGAAGAUGUUAUGGAUGUUUUGAUGAUUUGAAAUGUUUUAUAAAUACACUUUACAAUAGAUUAUUAAAACAAGUUAAUCAUCCAAAUAAAGUAUAUGAAGCUACUUAUAUAGAUCGUCAUUUCUACCCACAAUCAUGGUAUUGUCAAUUAAAUGAUUAUCAUCAACAAUAUGAAAUAUUUAAAAUAAAUCCAGAAAGAAAAAAAAGUGUAACAAAAUUUUAUAAUAAAUUAGGAGAAUAUCUUACAUCUUUAGGAGUUUCUUCAAAAGAAGUAUUAUUUAUUAAGAAUGAAGGAAUAAAAAAAUAUACAGGUCAUGCAACAUUUCAUACAAAAAGUAGAAAAAUAGUUAAAAAUGAAUUAAUUCAAAAUAAUAAAUUAAUGGAAAAAUUAAUAAGAAUUUAUUAUUAUGACUUUAAGAUUUUUAAUUUUGAAUUUCCUAAAAAAGGUUUACGUUAUCACAUUUAA